AUGGCCGGUGAAUUGCAAAGCCCAAAUGGUUUUCGAACUCUAAUUAUUGAUGAGAUCAGUAAUGAUUUACCCACACAAACAAUAGAUAAAAAUUCAUUACGAAUUCCAUCUCAUCUUAGAUUGGCUGACCCACGAUUUCACGAACCAGGAAAGAUUGACAUCCUUCUUGGAGCAUCAGUGUUUUGGGAGCUAUUAUCAGUAGGACAAGUCAAGCUAUCUGAAAAUUUGACUUUGCAAAAAACUAGAAUUGGAUGGGUUGUAACAGGAACAACAACAACUUCAAUGACAACGCCAUUACAAUGUCAUUUCAUCAAAACUGAUCCAAUAGCAAAUCAAUUGGAACGUUUUUGGAAAAUCGAGGAACGUACAAUGGACAAGAUCAUUUCAGCAGAAGAUAAAAAAUGUGAAGAAUUGUUUCAGAAAUCUAUUACAAGAUUCAACGAUGGAAAAUUCAUGGUCCAAAUGCCAUUAAAGGAAUCACCUGAGAAACUGGGUGAAUCGAAAUUAUCAGCUUUACAGAGAUUGCAAGCCUUGGAAAAACGAUUCAAAGGUAAUCAAAGAUUUAAACAAACUUAUCAAGAAUUUAUGACUGAUUACAAUGAUAUGAACAUGUCAGAGUGUGAAGAGGAUGACAAUGGAUCUCUCUCAAUGGAUUCUUUUUAUCUACCACAUCAUGGAGUGUUUAAUCAAAACAAUCAAACUACCAAGUUGCGUGUAGUGUUCGAUGGCUCAGCAAAAUCUGAUUCCGGCUGGUCAUUAAAUGAACUACAAUACAUUGGUCCAACAAUUCAAGAUGAAUUGUUCUCAAUAGUUGUUCGUUUUAGAUUCUAUAGAUAUGCGGUAUGUGCAGACAUAAAAAAGAUGUACCGGCAGAUCUGGAUUGAACGUUCACAAAGGAAUUUGCAGAAGAUUUUGUGGAGAAAUGAAUCUGAUGAACCAAUCAAAACAUACAAACUAAAUACCGUUACUUAUGGCACAACGAGUGCACCAUUUCUGGCUGUUAGAUGUUUGAAACAAUUAUCAACCGAGACCAAGAAAGAACAUCCAGAGGCAUCAAGAGUAAUAGCAUCCGACUUCUACGUGGAUGAUUUGAUCACAGGUGGAGAUUCAAUAAGAGAAACAUCAAAGGUAAUAAAGGAAAUUAUUUCGAUAUUGAGUUCAGCAAAGUUCGAGUUACACAAAUGGAUUUCUAACAGUGAGCAUCUCUUGAAUGAAAUUCUUGUUGAGCCAAACAGAAAUGAUGCUGUCGAAAUUAGUGAUGGAGAAUCAUCAAAAACAUUAGGGUUAUAUUGGUUUUGCAAAUCAGAUUACUUGUUUUUUAAAAUUGGAGAAUUACAACAACAAACAAUCACGGAGAGAUCGAUUUUAUUAGAUAUUGCCCAGAUCUUUGAUCCAUUGGGAUUGUUGAGUCCUUGUGUUAUUAUUUCAAAAAUGAUUUUGCAGAGAUUAUGGCAAGAAAAGUUGUCUUGGGACGAAUCACUUCCAUUAGAGAUAUACUCAAAAUGGGAUACAUUUAGAAGUCAGUUGUCAAUAUUAAACACGGCAACUAUUCAAAGAUCUCAAGGUAAAAUAAAGACAGUAGAAUUACAUGGCGUUGCAGAUGCAUCUCAGGAAGCAUACGGAGCAUGUAUAUACGUUCGAAGUGUCAACACAUAUGGUCAAAUUUGCGUCCAUCUACUUUGCGCUAAAACAAGGGUGGCACCAAUAAAACCAUUGACAACACUACUAUUGGAAUUAUGCGGGUGUCUCAUUCUAGCUCAAUUAAUGAAUAAAAUAAUAUCAUCAUUAAGAAUUGAUAUAGAAACCUGUUAUCUUUGGUCGGAUUCAUCUGUUGCAUUACAUUGGAUAAAAACACCGGCUAAUCUUUUGCAGACAUUUGUGGGAAAUAGAGUGUUACAAAUACAAGAGCUUACUCAACCAAAUGAUUGGUAUCAUGUAAACACUAAAGAAAAUCCAGCAGAUUUAUUAUCAAGAGGAGUUAACCCUAAAGAUUUAAUUAACAACUCAUUAUGGUGGCACGGACCUGAUUGGUUGAUGAACGAUAAAAGAAGCUGGCCGCAGUCAAAAAUUAAGUUUGAAGGUAAACUUCCAGAGUUAAAAUCAAAUGUUUCAGUUUUAAUAAGUCAAAUUAAAACUAAUGUGAUAGAAUUUCAAAGAUUUUCCAAUUACAACCGUUUGCAGCGUUCAGUCGCUUACUGUUUGAGAUUUAUUACAAAUUGUCAAAUGGAAAAACAAAACCGAGAGUUUGGUUCUUUAACACCAAUGGAAAUAUCUAAGGUUACGGAAGUAAUCUUAAAAUUGAGUCAAAUCGAUUGUUUUUCUGAAGAAAUUAAACAACUACAAGUAGGAAACAGUAUUCGCAAGGGAUCUUUACAACAUUUAAACCCAUUUAUAGAUGAGAAUGGAUUAAUACGUGUAGGGGGAAGACUAACAAAUUCUAAGUUCGAUUACGAGAAAAGGCAUCCAAUUGUUAUGUCAAGUAAACACCCAGCUGUAGUUUUGAUUUUUAGAUAUUAUCAUAUUAAAUUCAUGCACAUAGGAUCUCAACAGUUGUUGCCAUUAAUAAGAGAUCAAUAUUGGCCUAUAUCAGGUAGAAAUUUGGCACGCAUAACAACAAAGAAAUGCGUUACAUGUUUUAAGACUAAACCUAUUAACAGCAUAUUUCCGAUAAUGGGUUCUUUACCGGAGCAAAGAGUAACGGCGACUUUUCCAUUUAAUUCUGCAGGAAUAGACUAUACAGGUGCAUUCACCAUAAAGGAUAGAAAAGGCAGAGGUAGUAAAACAUCAAAAUGUUACAUAUGUCUCUUUAUUUGCUUAUCUACCAAGUCGAUUCAUUUGGAACUUGUUACUGAUUUGAGUACUGAUUCAUUUUUGCUGGCAUUGAGAAGAUUUGUGGCACGAAGAGGAAAACCUAGCCAUAUUUUUUCUGAUAAUGGAACAAAUUUUGUUGGUGCAAAUAAGGAAUUGCAGCAGUUAGCAACAAUGCUCAAUGAUAAUACUCACAACGAUUGCUGA